AGCGACAUUCCAGAGAUGUGGAGGAAACUGGGGCGGGACUUAAAGUUUAGCUUGGAUGGAUAGACUUUUUAACUUCAAGAUACGGUGAAACAAAAGAUUUUUUCUAAAAGCCGAAGCAGUUUGCAGCAGGUAACAUUUCUGUGAGCUGAACUAGGUGAUGACACAAAGAUGGAAGGUGCGGAGUUUCAGGAACAGAACUGAGGCCACACUCCUGCUCCUUUCUGCUUCUUCGCCUGCUGUUGCCUGUGCUUGGUCCAGCUUCAGAACAGCCUUCAUAUGUGUGACUGAAACUCAAGGUAUCAAGGACAAGAGAAGACUUCCCUGAAAUAAUGUUCAGACCAUCAGAUUUAUCAUCCAAGAGACGCCCAUGUGGUGUUAGCAGUCUAAGCUUGCCUCAGCCUCCUGCAGCAUCCUCCUCCGUCCAUCAGAGCUGUAUCCGAGCUGUGGAGGUGGCCAGAGGGAGGACAGGGUAUGGGUUCACACUUUCAGGCCAGAGCCCCUGUGUCCUCAGCUGUAUCCUAAAGGGAAGCCCUGCAGACUACGUAGGCUUACGCUCUGGAGACUACAUCCUCUCUGUCAAUGACAUCAACGUCUCUAAGGCUUUACAUGAAGAUGUGGUCAAACUGAUUGGCCGCUGCUCUGGCGUUUUAAAACUGGUUAUCGGAGAGGCAGAGCGCCCCAGACGGCACCAUCACCACCACCGCGGUGCUGGGAGUCGCCACCACAGUGGUAACUCUAUGGGAGCUUCACAUUUGGACUCGUGCUCUAGUGAUGAUGAACUUGACGGUUUCUAUGACAAUGGUGUUAACAACAACAAUAAUGGCAGGUCCGGUGGUGGAGCUCGGGGGGGUUGGUACAAACCCAAGCUAGAUUCUAAGCAGAUAGGCAUCAACCGUGCAGAGAAGGUGGUGGCGGAGCUGCAGUCUGGAGGAAUUUUCAACAUGAUCUUUGAGAACUCCAGCCACUCCUCCAGCAGUUCAGACAAGGAGAGGCCUGGAGGAAGCACCUCCUCCAAGCCUCGUCCAGUGUCUGAUCCAGAAUUUCCACCAUACAGAAACUGCCCUCGGACCCAGAGCAAUCCCAACUUACUAUCUGAGGAAGAGAUGGCCCAAGUUCUGAAUGACGAUUCAGUCUUUCUGGACUCAGACUUUCGUCAUCUUCACCUUCACUCUCAGGAAGAGCAGGAUGUGGAUGUAGGAGAUGGAGGUGACUUGGGCUUAGAGCCUGGUGAAGGUAUCCUCAAUGUUGGCAUGAUUGUGGGCUACCUGGGCUCCAUCGAGCUGGCCUCUUCUGGGACGAGUUUAGAGAACGACAGCCUGCAGGCCAUCAGGGGCAGCAUGAGACGCCUGAGGGCAGAACAGAAGAUUCACUCACUGGUCCUCAUGAAGGUUAUGCAUGACAGCGUCCGUCUGUGCAGUGACAGGGGUCAAGUCCUGGCCACCUACCCCGCAGAAAAACUAGCCUUCAGUGCCUGCUGUCCGGAUGACCGCCGCUUCUUUGGCCUGGUGACCAUGCAGGCCACAGAUGACCAUGACCAUUUCCGUUUUAGCAUUGGUCGAGAUGAAGAUGGUGGUUUGAGGACUUCCUGUCAUGUGUUUAUUGUGGACCCGGAUCUCUGUCACCACCAGAUCCAUGUUGGAAUCGCCCGGAGGUUUGCCUUUGAGUGCACUCCUGAUCCAGACACAGGCGGCUGCCUGGAAUUCCCUCCCAGCUCUCAACCCCUCCUACAGUUUGUCUCCGUGUUGUACCGGGACAUGGGGGACAACAUUGAUGGGGUGAGGGCUCGAGCCUUCAAUGACCCUGACAACGAUGCCCAGCAGAACCACAGCACCAGCAGUAACAGUGACAGUGGCAUAGGCAACUUCCUACCAGAGGAGAAGAGCAACAGGGUGCUGCUGGUGGACCUGGGUGGUCCUCCCAACCAUAACCACGUCUCUGGAUCACGUCACUGGGACAGUCCACCUUCUUCCCAGCAGGCCUGGAGUCCAACACUUGGGGCUGCGGCCUCCCCGCCCACUCUUCCUCCUCCACCACCUCCUCCUCCACCAGCUCUGAGAAACGGCCACUAUCGUCACGAUCCACACCUGGCUGACCUCCCUCAUCCUCUCCCCUUACCUCACCCUGACGUCUCAGGCAGGCACUCACGAGGGGCCCACCCCCACCACUACCCACCAUCCAAACGGGGAGGAGCAGUGGGAGGGGGAGAAAAGAGAGGGGCUGGAGGUGCAGCAGGGGCGGAGUCGCAGCGCUGGCUUCCAGUCCAUGUGCUGAGGGACUGGCGUCAGCAGCACCACCACAGCCACCUGCAGGGUCUUAGUAGUGAUCAGGAGUCAUACGCCGAGUCCACUGACGGAUGGUCAUCGGCCAACUGCAGCACCUUACCUCCACCCAUGAAUAAGAUCCCAGCAGACCGAUACAGGGCUCCACUGGCCUCUGGAGACCGCCUGCCGCCACCUGGAGGGAGUCAGCCACCCCCUCCUCCCACACAGCCCCACUCCCACACACACCGGCUGGCUUCUCAGAAAGAUGAGUGGGCCAAGAAGCUGUUUGGUGCUGGAGACAGAGACCGGCCUGGAACAGAGAGGAGAGAAAGGGAUAAGAAACGGGGGAGUGCAAAGGACACAGAAAAAAAGGGUGGACGGUUCCGUGGACUGACGAUGGGUUUUCCUGCUCUGCCCCAACGUUCCUCUGCCAGACGUUCUUUUGGACGCUCCAAACGACUCAGCCUCGCCCGCUCCCUGGAUGACCUGGAGUCUGCUGCAGUCUCUGAUGGAGCAGAGCUGAACAGCGUGGAGCUGCAGGGCUGCAGCAGUGACAACAGUCUGAACAGUAAUGCCAGUCUGCCCAGUGUCCAGAGCCACCGGCGCCACACUGAGAGGAGAGUGGCCAGCUGGGCUGUCUGCUUCGAGAGGCUGCUGCAGGAUCCCCUGGGAAUCCGCUACUUCUCGGAGUUCUUGAAGAAGGAGUUCAGUGAAGAGAACAUCCUGUUCUGGCAGGCCUGUGAGUUCUUCAGUCAUGUCCCUGAGAAUGACAAGAAGCAGCUCUCUCAGCGUGCCAGGGAAAUCUACAACAGUUUCCUCUCCAGUAAAGCCACCACGCCAGUCAACAUAGACAGUCAGGCUCAGCUGGCUGAUGACAUCCUCAAUGCUCCCCGACCAGACAUGUUCAAGGAGCAGCAGCUGCAGAUCUUUAACCUGAUGAAGUUUGACAGCUACACCCGCUUCCUCAAGUCACUGCUCUACCAGGAGUGUAUGUUGGCAGAAGUUGAGGGCAGACCCCUGCCUGACCCUUACCAAAUCCCCAGCAGCCCCACCUCCAAACACAGCACCACAGGCUCGGACCGCUCCAACCUCUCUACACCCAAGAAGCAAGAGGAUAAAAAGAGCAAAUCAGGUCGAUCUUUGAAUGAUGACAGCAGGGAAGAGUCAGGAGACAGGAGGAAAGGCCCGUUCUUUUCCUGGUCCCGAAACAGGAGCUUCGGCAAAGGUCCAAAGAAACGAGAGCUGACUGACUUUAACUACAAUUUCUCUGGCAGUAACGGUCGACGUGAAUCACAGGGUUCCCUGUCGUCAGGAGCCAGUCUGGAACUGGGAACGUCAGGGUCUGGGAGAAAUGAGGUGGAAGUUUCUCGUGGUGCAGUAUCAGUAUCAGCUGAGCGGGGAGUUGGCAGUGCCCCCUUGAGGCAGUGUAACAUUAGCCUGCCGGACGGCUCAUGUUGCUCUGUGCCUCUCCGGUCUGGAGUGUCCAUCAGAGAUUUGCUGCUGGGCCUCUGUGAGAAGCUCUGCAUCAACUUGGCAGCUAUUGACCUCUUCCUGGUUGGAGGGGAGAAGCCACUUGUUCUCGACCAGGACUGUAUGACUUUGUGUUCUCGGGACCUGCGACUAGAAAAACGCACACUCUUCAGACUUGACUUGGUUCCUAUAAAUCGGUCUGUAGGUCUUAAAGCUAAACCCACCAAACCAGUGACUGAGGUUCUGAGACCAGUGGUGGCCAAAUAUGGGCUGCACCUCUCAGACCUGGUAGCACGCAUCAGUGGGGAGUCAGAACCUUUAGAUCUCGGGCUUCCCAUUUCCAAUCUUGAUGGGCUACGAGUGGUGUUAGACGUAGGAGAACACGCUCCUGGUAAAACAGACAAACAGAAGGCUGCUGUGUCCAAGAUCUCCACCUCCACCAGUAGAACUCAGUCAUCAACAGGGGAGGACAGGUCAUCAGGGAAAACAGGUUCAGCCCAGCCUCACCCUCGUGGGGAAAACGGCAAGGCCGGGCACGGCCCAGACCCGAGGGGCCUGGUCUUACCCACCCACUCUGUCUCUCUGCAUAAGGCUCCGGAGAAAAGAAAGCAGAAAAAGAUUAAUCUAGACGAAGCUGAAGAGUUCUUCGACCUCAUUUCCAAAGCUCAGAGCAACCGAGCAGAAGACCAGAGAGGCCUGCUAAACAAAAGUGACCUGCAGCUUCCUGACUUUCUCCGCCUGUCACCGGUGGCAACCACCCAGGCUGCUUCUCCUCCCUACAACUCUGAGCCCAGCUGCUCCACCCCUAAUUCCCGUAACCCCAACAACGGCAGCUUCCCGAGCAGCGGUCGCCGGGGCAAUAAGACAAACGGCAAUGACAGGGGAGGAGGAGGAGGGGGAGGCGUUCAUUUGCUCAGUGCCAGCCAUCAGUCCCACAGCUUGGACUCAGCACUGGGCACUGACAACAGAAGGGGGAGGAAAGCCACCUCACUUCCUCCGUUUCCCAAUGUCAUCUCCCCCAUCCACCCCCAGGCCAGCCGGGCAGACUCAGUCCAGAUGCUGGAGGAGGACACCCUGUCAGACCUGACUCUGGUAGGAGAGGGGGACAUCAACAGUCCCAGCCUCACGUACGUCACCCCCUCUGCUUUACCCUGUAAACCGGAACCCCGACCUCGACAACAGGCCCAGGACGGCCGGCCGAGCUCAGGUACCUCCCCUGUGUGAAACUGGUUGAACUUCCUACUUUUCCCUCUCUUGACUUCGACACAGGGUGGACACCCCCAUCCCUAAAGUCAGCUUGAAGAUCUCUGUGGACCACUCAUGGUCUGAGGCUAAAUGCAUCCAGAUCUUCUCUGUUCCCUCUUGGCUUCAAGCGUUUUUAUAGAUCCCUUCAGUUUGAAGACAGCCACAGAAAUAGUUCAGUCAGGGUUGUGCUAAUAACAUUAGUUUUAAUAAAAGAUUUAUACGGAAUACAAUAGAAAAGUCUACUGAUGUAACAGUGAAUAUAGUGAUAUAUUCUAUACUCUGCUUGGAGACACUGUUGUAGUCCUCAGGUCCAGGACUUCAACCCAAACCCUUGGUUUUAGGACUCAUGACCUGAAUUAUACUCAAGUACAAAUGACUGACGACUUCUACACCACCGAUGUUUACAUUUGUCUCUUUGAAUUUCAAAACAGCUCAAAUCCUCAUCAGGCUUAGACUUGAAUUCAUUAGCAUCAAAAAUGUUGAUGUGAAUUCUUAGGUUUUUCACAUGGGAUUUAAACCAGUGACCUUUAGGUAACCUCUAGACAGUUCCCUAUGUAUUGAUGCCAAAGGUUCCACCAGGAUUUUGAGCGCUUUCAACCUAUUUAAGUGAAAGUGUAAACUUGCCUCUUAAUUGAAGUUGGUUUUCUUUUGGAGCUCUUGUGAAACUGCUUUGACCAAAUUGAAGCCAACUUCACCAGAGAGAGCAUAUGAGUUUAGCGCGUAAACCCUAUGAGGACCAUAAUAAUCUCACACUUUUAUUGUGUGUCUGCCACAGUUCCGAAGCACUAAAUUAGAUAAUAAAUUGAUAAAUUUAAACCUGGGAAUAGAUCAUUUAAAAACCAGAUUUAAUAAACAUUAGCUCUUAUUAAAGUUUGUGUAGUCAAAUACU